CAGCGGUGCCUGUCUGGAGUCCUGAAUAGGAUCAAAUCCUGCAACCAGACGCACACACACAAGCUCGCAGGAGCGGGCAGGAGCGCGCGGCCGAGCUCACCCCGACGCCGGGGCUGCUGCGGGGGGGAGGCGGCUCGUCUCUCCCGGAAUCCUCCGUCCGAGGCCGUGGGAGUGUGUGUGUGGGGGUCUGGUACCCCCCCAACCCCACCCCAGCCACCUGCAUGAGGCUCUUGGUGCUGGUGCUUUGCAACCUCCUGGCGUGGAGGGUGGGUGAGACGGGGUCGGAUGGGCCGGAGAAGUUGUCCGUGCCAGCUCCGGGAGCUCUCAGCAUGAAGGAGACCUUCCUGGUGCUCUCGCUGCACAACAAGCUGAGGAGCAAAGUGCAACCCCCCGCUGCCAACAUGCAGAAGCUGGAGUGGAGCGAGGAGCUGGGGCGGCUGGCGGGGGCGCGGGCGGCCAGCUGCCUGGAGGGGCCCGCUCCGCCGCCAGCCCCGCAGCUGGGCUGGAGCGAGACCCUGCUGCCGGCGGGCACCGGGGGCUUCGCGGCCGUGCUGGAGCGCUGGUUCGCCGAGGGCCGACGCUACGACUACGGGACGGGGCGCUGCGCCGGGAAUGCCACCUGCCGCCAUUACACCCAGGUGGGCGGCAAGGGCACGGCAGAGGGGCAUGGCAGGGGGGACUCGGGGGGACCCAAAGGCGCAGGGACAGGGGUGACACGCGCUCUCUCGCAGCUGGUGUGGGCCACGGCGGGGCGGCUGGGCUGCGGGCGGCACCUCUGCACCGGCGGCCACGGCCCCAGCGAGGCCUUCGCCUGUGCCUACUCCCCGGGGGGCAACUGGGAGGUGGCGGGGACGCCCGUCCUGCCCUACCGGCGGGGGCCCUGGUGCUCCCUCUGCACCGCCGGCCUCUCCGGCUGCUUCAAGUCCUGGGACCACGGCGGCGGGCUCUGCGAGGUGCCCCGGAACCCCUGUUGCAUGAGCUGCAGGAACAGCGGGCGCCUCGACAUGAGCAGCUGCCAGUGCGCCUGUCCCCCCGGCUACACGGGCAGGUACUGCCAAGUGAAGUGCAGCGGGCAGUGCCUCCACGGGAAGUUCAGGAAGGAGGAGUGCUCCUGCCUCUGCGACGUGGGCUACGGCGGCGCCGAGUGCGGCACGAAGAUUCGGUUCCCUUUCCACACCUGCGACGUGCAGAUAGACGGUGACUGCUUCAUGGUGUCCCCCGAGGCCGACACCUACUAUGGGGCCAAAAUAAAGUGCCAGGAGAAAGGGGCGAUGCUGGCCCAGAUCAGAAACCAGAAGGUCCAGGACAUCCUGGCUUUCUACCUCAGCCGCUUGGAGACCGGUAACAGGGUGACAGACACCGAUUUUGAGACCGGGAACUUCUGGAUCGGUCUCACCUACAAGAUGUCCAAGUCUUCCUUCCGCUGGGACAUGGGCGAGCCGUCCUCCUUCACCAGCUUCGCUUUCGGGCAGCCAGACAACCAGGGGUUUGGGAACUGCGUGGAGAUGCAAGCGUCGGCCGCCUUCAACUGGAACGACCAACGCUGCAAGACCCGAAACCGGUACAUCUGCCAGUUCGCCCAGGAGCACAUCUCCCUGUGGCAGCGGGACCCCUGAGCCGGCAGCUCUGGGUGCCGGCCAGCGCUGGCUGCUGUGCCGAGCCCACGGCUCAGGAGGACCCCAUCGCCACGCCAAGCCUGGACCACGGCUCAGGAGGGCCCCCUCACAAGCUCCCCUGCGCAGGGGACAGGGCUGAGGGGACCCGUGGCGCUGGGACCUGACGAGAAGGGCACGUCCUCUACAUCGGCAUCUCCGAAACAGCAUCUUCUUCUGCCCUUCACCCUCCUCUGUUGCCAUCAUGCUGCAACAGCCCCCAGGGCAGGGAGAUGCCCCCGCGGCAGCCAGGUCCAACAGCAUCCUCCUCCUAAAUCGGCAGCCGGGUUGUGUCCGGACUGCGGUCCCGAUGCAGCGAGGGGCCAAGGGGGCUUCUGGGGGGGGGCGCGGACCUCAGCAUGGCUCAGGGUAAGGGCUGGGCUCAGCUCCGAGCCAUCGUCCUGACCUGGGUGGGACCCCCCAGCCUGUUUCCUCACCGUCACCUGGUUCCUCACCAUCUGCCAGGUGGUUAAUAA